AUGCUAUAUAACAUAACCAAAGUUUUUGUUGAUAUGGUAUUGCCGGUAAUUUACAAAACAAAAACAACAAAAUUACAUCAGAUACCUAUACGUCAUUUUCAUAUAAAGUGCGUAUGUCUUAAAGAAGAUCAUGUUCGCUAAUAUGAGAAAUAGAAUCUAUGAUUCGCAUGUCUUCAAAUUUGAUUGCAGUGAAAUAAAAAGACGCUUAAAAGCUGAUCAGAAAUUAAAAGAGAAAGCAGAGAAAGAAGCAAAAGCAUUAACCCAAGCAGCAGUGAAAGAUCAGACAGAAGCUGAGGAAAAAAAGGAGAAUAAAGAAGAGGAUAUCAGUCCAAAUGAGUACAAUAAACUUAGGACUCAAGCAGUCAAACAUCUCAAAGAUACAGAUGAUAAUCCAUACCCACAUAAAUUUCACGUAUCAAUUUCAUUGGAAAACUUUAUUGAAAAAUUCAGUAAUAAUUUGAAACCUGGAGAAAUACUAAACAAUGAAGUAUAUAGUGUAGCUGGCCGUGUACAUGCAAUUAGAGGAUCAGGUGCUAAAUUAAUUUUUUAUGACCUCAGAGGAGAAGGUGUUAAGAUUCAAGUUAUGGCAAAUGCAAGACAAUAUAAAGAUCAAGAAAAAUUUGCGAACGAUACAUCUAAGAUAAAAAGAGGCGAUAUUGUUGGUGUAGUUGGAAAUCCUGGAAAAACUAAAAAGGGUGAAUUUUCUAUUAUACCACAUAGUAUUACUCUUUUGAGUCCUUGCCUACAUAUGCUGCCAAAUCUCUACUUUGGAUUAAAAGAUAAGGAAACAAGAUUUCGUCAGCGUUAUUUAGAUCUUAUAUUAAAUAACAAAGUAAGAAAAACGUUUGAAAUACGAGCGAAAAUAAUCGCAUAUGUUCGCCAAUUUCUCGAUGAACUUGGAUUUUUAGAAGUUGAAACGCCAAUGAUGAAUGUGAUUCCUGGUGGUGCAACAGCUAAACCUUUCAUUACACAUCAUAAUGAAUUAAGUAUGAACUUAUACAUGCGCGUUGCUCCAGAAUUAUAUCAUAAAAUGUUGGUAGUAGGUGGAUUGGAUAGAGUGUAUGAAAUUGGAAGACAAUUUAGAAAUGAAGGAAUAGAUCUGACACAUAACCCAGAAUUUACUACUUGUGAAUUUUACAUGGCUUAUGCAGAUUAUAAUGAUUUGAUAUCUAUUACAGAAGAUAUGGUCUCAGGAAUGGUAAAAGCUAUUUAUGGUAGUUACAAAAUAACAUAUCACCCAGAAGGUCCAGAGAGUGAAGCAAUAGAAAUUGAUUUCACUCCGCCAUUUAAACGAAUUUCAAUGAUAAAAACUUUAGAAGAAAUAUUAAAAAUUAAAUUACCCCCAUCAGAGUUAAGCACCCCAGCAACAAAUCAAGUACUUAGUGAUCUGUGUACCAAAUAUGAGAUUGAAUGUCCGCCACCAAAAACAACAGCUAGAUUACUAGAUAAGCUUGUUGGAGAAUUUAUAGAAGAAACUUGUAUCAAUCCUACAUUCAUUUUGGAUCAUCCACAAAUUAUGUCUCCACUAGCAAAAUGGCAUCGUUCUGAACCGGGAUUAACAGAACGAUUUGAAUUAUUUAUUAUGAAAAAAGAAGUUUGCAAUGCAUAUACAGAACUGAACGAUCCUGUAGUACAAAGAGAAAGAUUUGAGGAACAAGCAAAGGAUAAAGCAGCUGGAGAUGAAGAAGCUCAAGUCAUUGAUGAAAAUUUCUGUACCGCAUUGGAAUAUGGUUUACCACCAACUGCUGGUUGGGGAAUGGGUAUUGAUCGUGUUACAAUGUUACUUACAGAUUCAAAUAAUAUCAAGCUUACUUCAAUAGCUCCACCCCAGGCACUUGUACCUGCCACAUCAUCACAAUAUUUCUCAUAUUGUUCUCGUGAGAGAAGAUCAUCAGAAUCUGGAUUAGAAAUAAAUGGUAAAAAUUCAUUCAUGUUUUCUCUCAAAUAUACAGCAGUUUUUGUUCUAAGUUCAUGAAAAUUCAAUGGAGUUUCUCCUAUAAUUUUUAGCUGAUGUGCAACAGCAUUAUAUAAACUGUAAAAAUUAAUAUGGUAAUAGCAUAAAUAAAAUGAAAAAAUAUAUUUAAAUUAAUAGCUAUUAAUAAAUUUCUCUAAACAGUGUAGGAAAAUAACUCACCAAUGACCAUCACUUGGGAUCUCGUAUAUCAUUAAACCACGAUCACAGAGUAUUUGUUUAAUAGUUUGCAAUUCUAUAUUUCUUUUUCCAAAAACAUUUAAUGCCUCUUGCUCUAUAAUUCUCUGAUUACGUUCCUUCUCUGCAUUUGCUUUCUUGUCUCUUCUUUUUUGUGCUUUUGAAAUUCUAUGUAUUGGCUGCUCAUAUUGUUUGUUAUUUUUUGUGCUUUUGUCAUUGUUACUCUCUGUAUCUUCAUUUUCCACAUUAUUAAUAUUAAGAUGCGUAACUUUCCAUGUUAUUAACUCUUCUUCUUGCUUUUUAUCUAAAGCUUCUUCUAAGCGGUUAAUUUCCUCAGUCACUUCUUUUUUCUUUUUCUUAUCACCUUUACAAAUUGACUUUUUUAGCGUUUGUAUUUGUGCUAAAAUUUGAAAUAUAAUAAUUAAAUAGUUGUAUAUUUUAAAAAGUAUCUAUAAAAUAUAAUAAUAAAUAGUUACAAUGGAAUAAAAUAUUAUUAAUAAAACGUUUCAUGUAAAUACAAUAUUAUAAAUCAUUUUACGUUGAAAAACGUAUAAUCAAUAAUCGAAAAAAAAAUAUUUUGUAAACUAAAAUUAAAUUAUCUUAUUACCUUGCAAUUCUCUCCGUUCCUUUUUAUGUUUUUGUGUUAAUUCUUCUUCGGUUAGUUCUAAUUCUGCCAUUUUUUAAAUUUAGGGGUUAUUUAAAAACUAUAUACUAUUUUAAGGUUAAGGAGUAAAGUGCCGACAUGAUAAUAAUGCAUCAUAGCAUUUUCAUGAAUCAAUUUCCGCUUUUGAUAUGACAUCUUGUAUUUUCAGUUUAAACUAUAAUUAUUUAACAUUUAAUCUAUUUAUCUUCUUUUUUAAAUUCCAAAAUUUGUUAUUAAACAAAAAAUUAAUUAUUUUAAAAUUUAAUAUUCAGUACUCAGAAAUAAUAAAUAG